CAUGCUAAGAUACGGUCCUUUCCAAUCCUAGUUUAAAAAGUUUGCUGUGAGGGAAACGGGAAUACUCAUUUCACGGCUAGGGCGCCUAAUAAAAUUGCCCUGACUGUGCCCGGAAGAAUCUGAGGAAGAAAAACAAAGGCCUUGUGUUUACUACGAAUUCAACCCCUAAUUGCAGUGGUCAGUUCGAAUGUGGUCAGCGUGAGCUGCACGUGUCCAUCUUGUGUUCUCACUGAUAAUUAGUGACUUUGAAACUUGUCUCACUUAUAGUAAAAAAGGGAAGGGAGUUGGUCAGCUUCAAAGUUUUAUGAUUCCAUUUUAAGGACCUGAAGAUCAAAAGCCCAGUCGCUAAAACAAACGUGGACAGUAGGCUGAAUAUAACCUUUCAGACAGCACAACAAGAAAGUAGAAAGUAGACUUUGACAUCGGUGACCUGCUACAACAGUAGCCAUGACAACCAAAGUUACAGCAGUAGUGAUACCCGUUUUUGUAGUGGCUGGCUUACUUUUUCUCACAAGCAGCGUAUCCAGUGUAAGACUUUGUGGAACCCAUCUUUCAGAAGCUUUGGCUUUAUUGUGCAGAGCUCACGGAGGCUUUUAUUCUCCACAGACAAAACGUUCAGCUUCUCUAUCAUUCUUGGAACGACUUAGACGAGACUCGGCAGUUGUUAACCAACAAAAUACUCUAGCGAACAGGCGGUUUGGAGUGGCGGACGAAUGCUGCAGAAGAGCUUGUUCCUUACAAACUCUCACGAGUUACUGUGCUUUCCCUCACGCUCCGGAAGAGUCUUCUACAUUACGUCGCAUCACCAAUGUUGGCAGACAGGCUGGAGGAAUUCACCUUGUUGAGCAUUCUUCUCAAAAGAUGGCCUCACAGAUCAGUUCCUCACCAGCAAUGGCAUCCCAGAACAGUAAACCUCAGAAUUUUGUAGAAUCAGCACAGCGUGAAAGUUCGGGCCUAGUCGUAAACCCUCGGACUGAAGAGUACAUCUUGGUAUAAACUACUUUGUCUUCCGAGAGUGGAAAACUUCACAGCAGACUUGGUGUUGAUUUAAUUUCGGCUUUUAAAAGAGACAUUUUAUUUACAAACAAAAGCGUUUUCUGUAUAGAUGUAAACACUGUCAUCUGAUAUAAGUUUUACUAUGUGUGCUUUCUGAAUAAGAUUUUAAAUCCCUUUUCUGUAUAUUUAAAACAAAAAUUUGUUUUUAUCACUUUGGAUAAAGUACACAUUUAAGUUGGUGAGUUUUGUCACAUUCAGGAAACAUCUUUAACAUGUUUGAAAUAUUAAACUUUUGAUAUGUUUAUUUGAUAUCUUAGAAAUAGUAAAGACGAUCAAAGUUUGUAAACACUAAUAUCUUAUAAUGACUGAACACUGUGUUGUUCAGACCAACUAAGUGUAAGACGAAACAUGCCAAAAUCAAGGGUUUGACUUACAUCAAGGAAAACGUUUGCAUGUUUUACAGAACCACGACAUUCCUUCUUGUGAUAUGUUUGUACAGAUGAGCUACUUUGUCUGUCUUUUCUUUUCUCAGGAGAUAGCCUGUUUAUUUAUUAAUAGUCGUAUGAUAAAGAGCUCUAUUGUUUUUGAUAUUUGAACAAGCAUGGAAUGAAAAAAAUCAAAAAAGUGUAAAGCUCGUUACUUUUUUUUUGUUGGAAGUAUUUAAGGAUUUGUAGCCAUUUGUUACAUUUUAUCCUAAAUUACAA